GCCAUCUUGGCGGAGAGGAGCGAGGGGGAGGCGGGAGCGGGGAGGGGAUCCGGGUGGCCCUUAGAAGGUGCGCGAGCACCGCCCCCUCUCCCUUCUCACCGGUCGUUCAAAUAUCGCGCGAUUCUUCCAUCACCACCACCACCACCACCUCCCUGUCUCGGCUGGCUCUGCAUUCUGUCUCCGAAAGGACCCGUGAGCCCGCGCGGCCGUUGGCGCCCUGAGGCGAGUCCAGGUGAGGCGCCGGCUCUCUGCCAAGCGGCUCAGGUGAGGGACGGGGGCGUGGCUUGGCGCCCAGCUGCCCGCCCCCCCGCCCCCUCCGCUGUGGUUUCUUGUCGUCUGAGGGACGGGACGCCUGUGUUGGCAUGUGGGGCGGCCGCCGAAUAGAGGCAGGUUAGAAAGAGUUUCUUCUUCUUCCCCUGCGCUGAGGGCGGCGUUGGAGAAGAAGUAGAAGAGGCCGUUUGUUUGGAGGACUUAAUUAAAUCCGGGUUUUCUGUUCUCAGCAUCUUGAAAAAAUGCUCCAUGGCAGGUAAUGCCACUUCGAAGAGCUUUCAGGGCAAAGUCGCUGGUGGGCUCUCUCGCUUCAAGUCUUCCCCAAAUCCGGGUGAAAUAGCUGUAUUAGGACAAGCGGAAAGUCACGAAAGGGCGUGUGAGUUUUCCAGAGCCUUUCUACCAGGCCAUCUCUAAGGUGGUAAAGCAGGGAAGGGAAAUGCUGGCUGCAGUUCAAGCUGUGGAGGCAUUGUCGAGGAAAGGAAGGAAGGGAGUUGGUUUUUGAGGCGGAGAGAGCCUCGGUAGUUGCAAACUGUGGGCGGAAUCGGGCUUAAAACGUACCUGUUAGAAUAGAUCGUACCUCUCUCUCUAUUCACGUUGUAACGUGAGCUUUCUCCCCUCUGAAAUGUCUGCCGUCAGCUUAAUUGGUAUGUAGGCAUCUUUCCCUCUUUUGGUUCAUCUGUGCGAUGAGGAAGAAGUUUCAAAGCUCUCCAGUCAGCGCAGCAAUGCAAACAGUUCUUUUGCAAACCACAUUGUAAACUAUAAAUGUAUUGGCUGUAUUGAGGGCCCUCCUGUAAACUUGCAUGUUGACGGUUGCUGCUUAUAUGGAAGAUGUCUAAAUUAUAUGUUUAGAAGUUAUGACUGACCUACAUUUUGAAAAUUGGGGUGUGCCUUUCAAGUUUCUGAUGGUGUUUCUGAGAAAUUUACCCUGUGGGGUUUAGUUCUUCUUAACAUGUAGUAUGUCUUUGUAGCUGCAAUCCCAAGUAAUCUUCGUUGAAUGUAGUGAGACUUAUUUCUGAAUGAACAUGCAUAGGCUUGUACUGUGCAGAAUAGUAACUGAUUAUUAGCUGAGCUAUCCUGAUUGUCACUGCUGUCAACGACUGAUCCAGUUGUCUUUUGCCUUGAGGAGGUGUAGGGUAAUAAUAGCCUACCUUAUUUCUAAAAGUAUUUGUAAGCUUUUGCCUUUUAAAGUUCUAUUUGAUGCAUUUCAAAGAUCUUGAAGCAGUUACAGCUAUGGUUAACUGUUCUUUUUUCCUUUACAGUGCGCAAAUGGCGAAGUUUAUCUUUCAAGUAAUCGAGACAGGCAGAUGAGAAUAUGAAGAGAAACAGGAAAUCCAGUCUUGCCAUUUCAUUGCAGUCUCUGAGAAAUUAAAAAAGGAAUAUGUGUUUACUUUGACUGUGAACAAAGUAUCCUGUGGAGAAGCUGAUCAUGACACAACACUGAAGUGUGAAAUGCCUGGGAAGAUGGGUAUCUUUGUACUUCUGACUUUGAGCUUAAUCUUAAACUUGACACAUGGGCAUAGCUUAUUCACAUGUGAACCCAUUACUAUCCCAAAAUGUUCUGGAAUGGCCUACAAUAUGACAUUUUUCCCCAAUGUGAUGGGGCACUAUGAUCAGCAAACUGCAGCUGCCAGAAUGGGGGUGAGUUGUUCUUUCUCUACCGUACAUGCUAUAAAUAUUUUUUCUGUUAUAUGUACAAAUGUGAUUCUGUCAGUAAAAAGAAUUCUAGGUAAGACAUGUUCAAUAUUACACAUUAUGAGGAAAAACCUAGUGUUCUGAAACAAGACUUGAAAUAGUGACCAAACGCCUAAAAAUCAUACAGAGAUGCAGGUACAAACAUAACAGUAUGGGCAUGUGACCAGAUUUUAGGGUCUAUUCUUACAUGGUUUGAGCCUGAAAAUUUACAAAAGAGCUCCUACAUCCUGUCUGAAUAAAUGUAUAGAAGAUCUUCUGUGUUACCUUUUUAAAUCUUCAAAGUGUUUAGUCAUCUGAGCUUCCUGACUGUUUAUAGCAGGCGACCUUGUGCUGUAUCCCCUCAGGCCAUUGGCAUCUGCAUGCAGUUGGCAUAAAAAUUCAUUGCUGCCCAUAAAGUUCUAAAAUAUGAGAUGCAUCUCUUCCACAGAUCUCCUAACUGUGUAUAAAAGCAUAGGUGUAGUAACUCCUCAAAUAAGUUUUGUUCAUUAUGCUAAAUGAAAGGAGUGUUAAGCUUCUCUGAAGUUUAUUCUUGUCUCUCACAUACUCCUUCAGUUACAGGUAGGUAGCCGUGUUGGUCUGCCAUAGUCGAAACAAAAUUUAAAAAUUCCUUCCAGUAGCACCUUAGAGACCAACUAAGUUUGUUAUUGGUAUGAGCUUGUGUGUGCAUGAAGAAGUGUCUGUGCACAUGAAAGCUCAUACCAAUAACAAACUUAGUUGGUCUCUAAGGUGCUACUGGAAGGAAUUUUUUUAUACUCCUUCAGACUAGACAUUCACAAUUGACCAAACAUGCCUGUGAAUUAGGGAUGUAAUCUAAUUUUUUAAAAAAGAAACUUAACCAUGUGAGUUUGAGUCAAUUAAUCAAUGAACUGUUAGAAGGUGCAUAAAUUUCCAUGGGAUUUUUUUUCUAAAGAAAAAAGUACUUUAAAAUAUGCAUAUUUUUCAGCAGGCUGUGUCAGAAGAAAUUCUUUUUUCUGUCAUGGAAGGCAAUACCUUUUUUUAAUAGUGGUGAUUACUAUGUACAAUGCUUUCCAGUAAUUGUAGUGAACAUUAAUUACAAUUUUGAAGCAAUGUAGGAUGUCUUUUUCUUGAUCUAAAUAUUUUUAAUAGUUUGACUAAGCGCAUCUGCCUGCUUGCUGAUCCUUUCUUUCUAGGUGGUGCAGCUAUAGAGCGUUGGUAAUGGAAAAAGCAGACAUCUCUCAUGUGAUCACCUGCACUCUCCCUCUGCAUGGUACAGUGGUGAGGAAUGAGCCCAAUUGUCCUCACCAUUCCACCAGCUUUGAGAGCAUGAGCAUGAAGAGACAAUAGGGUCAAGGAUAGGGCAAGUGAUAGUUGCCUCUGAAUGCCCAAUUAUCCUCUCCCUCUAGAAGCCUAUACCUGCUCAUGCGUUCUUCCUUUGGGUGCUGGAGCAGGAAGAAUUAGGCCCAGCAAAGCAGCUGAUGUUCUUUGGAGGAGCAGUCACCACUUCUGCUUACUGGGCAGUAUUGCGGCAAAAAUUGGACCCACACACCCUGCCAUCCACAGGGAGAGUGCUGUUUAGCGAGUGGUUGCUCCUUCCAUGACUAGAGGUCUCUGCUGCACUGCCCAGAGAGAUGGGUAAGCAAGUUGGCAGAGGCAACUUCUUGAGAUUUCUUGCCAAGUGGUACCAUGGGCCCAGUCCUCCCUAUGUCAGUGUCUAUACCAUGAGCAAGAGAGGUAGUGGGAGCAGCUGCUGCUUUUCUUUGCUUGUGGAUGGAGGAGGUGUUGAGGGUGGUUUCUGUGGGCUUCCUGGCUAGGAUGUUCUUCCUCCUUCCUGCACUUCAGCCUCUGCUACAGAGCAGGGGAAAGGAGAAGAGAUUGCUGUUUAAUGUUUGCCAGUUUUAAUAUGUAUGUGUUAGUGUUUAUUUUAAAUAUUAACAUUUAUAAUAAGUCUCCAAAAGCAUUAAACUGUGAAUCCCAGGUAGACUUUGGAUAUUUGGAAUAAGAACACGAGUGAGGGGCACAUUGGUAUUUUCAUCCUUCGCUUCCCCUCCCAUUUCACUUGGAAGGAAGAUGUGCAUCCUUCAACCAUCUGUACUGUUGAAUCCUUAUUCUGAUUUCUGUCAGACACUUCUAGUUUUGGUGGUAUAUAUUUUGGUGGUGUUUUCUCGUAUCUAAAGAUUUCUAAGCUCAAGCAAAUAUUUGUUUGUGACAGGAAAAUUAAGCUACCUGUGCAAUUAGAAAUUGCACUGAAGCAUUCCUUAUUCUCUUGUAAUAUAACCGUGACAAGUCAGUGCAUGUAGGAAUGGAGAACAAAACUUGAUUCACAUUCAGUGUUCUAAAGGAUAUGUCUUCUAAUGUUGCAGUUCUAAGCACACUUUCUUGGAGCAUAUCCUAUUGAAGCUAGAGGCACUUGCUUCCGAGUAAGCUUGCAUGGGACUGUGCUGUAAAACAAGACUAAAACGCUAAUAAGUAGACAGAUUUUUAGCUCUGUAUAUGAGCAUCCAUCAGAGCUAAUGAACAAAGUGCUAAGUAAGGUAACAUUAAGACAAAAACAAAACAAAACUCAUGCUAGAUGGAAGUCUAAACAGGCUGUGUAAGGAGCCUCAGUGUCAUAGUAAAGUUUUAUGAGUGAUAAAAGUAAAAUUCAGUGAUGGAACUAUUGGAAGGGAGUUUGAAAAAAUGUAGAAAACAUUGAAACUUUGUAAUGCUAUUAUAUACAACUAUGGUGUACCUGCUUUUGGAAUACUUUGUAUGCUUUUGGUUGGAAUUAUUAGGGAGAAGAUUUGAAAGCAGCAGCAAGUACAGCAAUAUAAAAAUAUAGUGUACCCACUUUAGAAUACUUUGUGCAACUUUUUUGUAGUCCUACAAAAAGAACUUGAAAAGGUACAGAAAAUGGUAACUAUAGUGAUAAUGGCAUGAUGAUGAUGACUCAUCCUUUAAAAGUCUUCAUGUCUUUAGCCAUUGUCGUCAUUCUCUGAUUGUGAGCUUUUCCAGGGUAUCCACCUGCCACUAUUUGAGAAAACAACAAAAAGUCUUGUAACACCUUAAAGACCAACACAUACAGAGAGAGCACAUGAUGAAAGCAUGAAGAAAGGGAAAAUUAAACAAGCAGAAGAGUUGAUAACUGAAAUAAUAGGUUUAAGCUGUUUUGAUCCAUAAAGAUAAUUCUCUGCACCAUGCUUUGCUACUGUGAAAUUGCUAUCCUGAUAGUCCUCAAAAACUAUUUCUAUAAUGCUUCUUUGUUUCAGAUAGGUUAACUUUGCAUCAUGCUUUCGGACAGGCUAAAUUGUCAUGCAUUUAAGCAGUCUUCAACCUCGGCCAGUUUUAUAUUGUAAUAGCUCAGUGGCAUCAGCAUACUGGUGAUGAAACUGCUUCAUCCCAAAUCAAUGCAGUCCACUUUUAGUUGUGACUAAUAGCUCAGUUAUUGGCUCUGCUUUGCUCCUUCCUUUGAGUGUUUGUUCCUGACUGGAAUGUGUCCUUGAGCUCUGAUAAUGUUUCUUGCCUGCCUGAAUAGAAGAUAGAGAGGGGUAUGUAGGAAUUAGUAUACUGUACAAAUAAAAUAUUCAUUGUCCAUUGCUUUGCCCACUUUUGCCUGUGACCCCUGGAAGGUUUCCCAGAAGGGAAUGCAGCCCUCCGACCAAAGCCAGCCUGCUCAUGAGGUGGGAUGAAGUGCCCACUUCAGGUGGCAGAAGCACAAGAGGCAGUGUUUUGCCCACCCCACUGAUUCCACCAUCGCCAGAAUACCCUCCCCUCUUGCCAGUGAGCGGGAGGCAUUCCAGCAUGUGGUGUUGCACCUUGUCUUCCCUAUUUCUAGGCAGAGAAGCCAAGCAGCAACUCUUUGUGGAAUUGCUCCGGCAGUGGUGGGGGGUGCAGUGACAGAAGUGGUGAGAGGGUGUGGGGCGGUAGUGGAGCACACGGCAGCAAUUCCCAUUUUGCCUUAGGAUGGUAAUGAAAUGGGAGGGGCUGCUCUUCUGACUGAAAGUUUCCUCAUCCCUGUAUUAUAGCAAGAUAAGCUGCUAGUGCAAGCAGCCUGUAUGCUCACUUGAUAUGGAGCAAAAAACGACUUCUUGCACCUUUUGGGGGUGUUUUUCUUUAUGAAUCUGAGGAUGCUUCUCAAGAAAAAUAAAAAGUUCUAAGCUUUUGUAUUUGCGCAAGUAGGGGAUAGCUCUUUUCACAUGUAUCCCAUCAAAUUGCAGUUCAGUAUGCCACCUGAUAACUAGAUUGAAAAUGGUUUAGAUCUGAGUUCCUACUUGGAAGUCAGUGUUCAGAGCCGUGACCAUGAGUAUUAUAAACUCUAAAACCACUGCUAAUGGUGCCUCAUAACUCACACCCAAGUGACUCUCCUCAGUUACUCAUACUUAGCGGUUCUCUCUGACUUAGCGGUUCUCUCUGACCAAAUGAAUUUCUAACUUAGUUGCAAAUAGGGAGAAUAAAUUAUCACUUGAAGUUAAGGAUUGAUGUGCUAUCCCAUCAGUUUGCUAAGAUAACUGCAAAUGCAUUUUAAUGUACAGUGGUGCCCCACAAGACGAAUGCCUCGCAAGACGAAAAACUCGCUAGACGAAAGAGUUUUCCGUUUUUUGAGUCGUUCCGCAAGACGAAUUUCCCUAUGGGCUUGCUUCGCAAGACGAAACGUCUUGCGAGUUUGUUUCCUUUUUUCUUAAAGCCGCUAAGCCGUUAAUAGCCGCUAAGCCGCUAAUAGCCGUGCUUCGCAAGACGAAAAAACCGCAAGACGAAGAGACUCGCAGAACGGAUUAAUUUCGUCUUGCGAGGCACCACUGUAUCAACUGAACAUUGCUGUCUGCUUUACAUAACUGAAUCUUAACGAUGGAGAUGAAUUUUAAAAAAUUAGUUCUGGGUAUGGAAAGUAGCUGAUGGGCAGCCUUGUGUGAGUCGCAUUUCUCAACAAUAGUUCCCGGUCUGGGAAUGAGAUCUCCUGCUCGGAUUUGUUGAGAAGGUGAAAAUAUUACGGAUUUUAAAUAUAUGUGCUAUGCCAGGAAAUCUUUGGUAUUCAUUUUUUUAAUCAAUAUUUUAUAUAAUUACCUUACUGAAAAAGAGAACCUAAUAAUUUUAUUUUCCAGGAAAACAACUACUCCCUUUCAAUUGUCAGUUCUAAUACAAGCUGCUUUGGGAUUAUAAAGCUGUAAUUCAUGUCAUGGACAUAGUUUAAUAGCCACAGUGGCAAAUAAAGGCCUUGUUUUAAAAUCAUAGAUAAAAAUGCAAACCAGAUAUGACCCACCUAAAAUCCUAUGGCAUACUGUUCUAUUUCUUUAGUUCAGAAGUUGCCACUUCCAUGUUUAGAGAUACUAUUGGUAGAUGUACAGGCGUACUUUUUAUUUCUGUAUAAGGUUGGUGGGUGAUAGAAGGAACCAGUGGGGUUGGAGACUGCAACACUCUUGUCAGAAUUCUAAAUGUUCCCAUGGCCCCUGUGUUCAUUGUAUGCAUGGAGUUAUCCCAACCUUGCAAGAAACUUGUGACUCUGCCCAAAGUUGCACUCUCUUCAGUCUGAGCAGGGAUAUGGACUCGGCUCUCCCUGGUCAAAGUCGAGUGCUCCAGCUGCUCUGAAUCUUGAAACUUCUCUUGGGACAUGGUCCAUUAAAUUUAAAAUAUAACUAGCAGUACUGUCACAGUUGCUUAACAAGCAGCUUAAUUAGGUAAUGUGUUACAUGCUUACUAGAAAGUUGAAUUGCAAAGCAGAAUGAUGUCCCCUAACUUAAGUUGUAGAGGUUUGAAAAGCUAGCUUGGAAGUCAGGCUUGCUUUAUGUGAAGUAAUGCAUAUACUUAGGUUAGAAAGGGAUAACACAUGUGAUUGAGAGAAAAGCUAUUUUUAAACAUCAUUCUUUCCUUUUGGAGAAAGUGAAUGAUGCUGCGCCUCGAGUUCACGCAAAUGUGACUUGUCUUGCUGAAUGUGUGUAGCUUCCAAGUCCAGUGUUUUAACUUUAAUACAUUAGACCAGGGGUUGCUAACGCUUUUGGGCCUGUGGGUGCAGGUAGACUUCUGAGAAAAGGUUGUGGGCACCAGUCACACUUCCUCUCACCCUUUGUAAGAAUUGAAAGGUGCACUAGCUGCCUAGCCAAGAGAUUAUCCCCUCCUAUCCAUGCACAUGCAUGCAGCACAGACACACUUACAUGCAUACAUAUGUUUACACACAUGUGAUGCAUCUGCGCACAUACACUGUCCCUCAGCCAAGCAGUUAGACUUGAAAAGGGUUAAUUUUCCCCCAAGCCUAAUUAAGGAUGAGUGUGAUAUUUCUGGAGAGUGCAGCUAGGGAGGGAAGUUCCAAGGCCAUAUUGUUCAGCUUUCUCCCCAGCUGCAGUUGACAGGAAGACCACCCCUCCUCCAUGCCACAGCAAUUGUAGCAUAGGGAGCAUUUUUUUAUGGCUCACAGCUUUGAAGGGUUUUUCUCGCCUUCCUGUGGAACACCACUCAUCACCCCUGCCAAAGCACUUAGGCUUGAAAAAGCCUUCUAUGGGCUACGACAGAUGGAUUUUUGAAGCCUAAUUUCAGCAGGAGGGUGGGGAUACUCCUGUUGCCAGAUUGGGAGGUGUCAAGGUCCUCUUAUGGACACUAGGGGUGGCCUUGGUGUGUGCAGUGCCUGUGCGCACAACUUUCUAGUUGCAGUGGCUGAUGUAAGUAGACUGACACAUCUUAAAUUCCACCCAGAAACCCAUACUGCUGUCUUGGAUCCAGUAAUUUUGCUGGUGACUUAUUGGUAUGGUUUGGUGCCGAGUUGCCAGACUGUAGUUUGGUAAUGAUGAGCACGCCAUAGGCUUGCCUACUCCCCUUCCUUCGCCCUUCCUAAUUAGCUUUAAUUGAGGUCAGUGUUACAUCUAACUGGCAUGAUUGCAUUACCACUAAUCAUAGUUGGCUUGUAACCAGAGACAAGGACUUGAGGUGCUGACCUAGAGAGGGUGAGAGCCAAAAGGGAAGGGGAAGAACGCUCCUGAAUGUUCAGUUACAAAACUAUGGUUUGACAAUGAAACUUUAAUGGACUCUAGCCUAAGGCAAGUAAUUGCUUUGUCUGUCACUCAUAUGGCCUCCCUGGCAUUUGAUUGGAACCUUUCAACUGAUUUCACUUGCAUUAAACCCAGAGAAACACCUUCACAGUUCUAAGAUCACAAGGCAGUUGCAUCUGUGAAUAUGCAGUGUAUAAAUGUUGAAAGCUGCAAUUACAUCAUCUUGAUCCUGAUAGUGUAGUGUAAAUGUAGGGGAUAAUUUGCUGGUUUUAGCCAGGAGAAGUUUGGAUUCAAAUCCAUACAUAUACAUGAAGCUCUUUGGGUGGUCUUGAGCAUGUUUGUGGACUUAAUUAGAUAAACUUUGUUAGGUACAAAACCAAAUUUUCAGUAGCACCAAGGGCUCCUGGGGAAAAGAAAACCCAUGGUUUCUUUCUGUUUCUUUGUCUUAAGAUAAGUGGGGGUCAGAUUGGAACCUAUAUUAAGUUAUUGCAAUGGUUAUUGAUUGCCUCAGGCCUUGCUGCUGAGGCAGUGUACAGUCUGCAGCGCAGUGUGGUUUAAACAUUUAUACCUGAUAAUACAUGUAUGCUCCCCCAUCUUCCCCAAAAUGAAAUUGGCUUCUCUGCAUCCCAUGAUGAAUUCUGUUAUCAAGAAACCAUGAAAAAAGUAGAAGUAUACUCUUACAUUCAGUCAUGUACUUUUCUCCUGGGAUUGUUCUUGGGAGAAAUUAGGAGCAGGCCAUUAUCUACAUAUUCCCAUUCUCUCCUCUUUCCUUCAGCGAACAGUAAUUUGAACACCAAAUUUCCCCAGACCCUGAGAGACAAAACCCUCUUUAAAUGCUUAAGAAACAAUUCUUAAUUUCCUGUAGAGGAAUGAUCUCAGUUAUUGUGCAUUCCACCACCCUCUCCAUGCUAACAAUUCAACUAGAGAAUGUGUUUUCCUCUGCUCUUGUUGUUGAUGGUUGUUGGGAAACGUGGACUUCCCACGUUUAUGGAAAGUUUCCAGUUGGUCUAUUUAAUGUAUACGAACAGUAAAGGGAAAAUAUGUCUAUUUAUAUAUCUUCCAGAUGGCCACUGAAAAUAAUAAGCAAAAUAAAAUUAUUUCAUUUAGGUAAGUAUAGAACCUGGUACUUUGGAAAGCGUCAUCUGUCACUUUUAACAACUAGCAGAAGGAAAUUACCGAAUGCAAAGUGAGCAAUAGGGCUCUGGAUAUUUAAUUAAACAUGUAACAUGGUUACAAGAAACAAAAUAUGAUGUGACUACUAUAGGGUUCACAGUAGAAACCUGGAAUUUAUUACAGUGGCAGCAGCUACAUUUCCUCAUCCAACUGUUGCUGUCUGGUGUGGUUGUGUGUAUAUAAAUACAUAUACACUUAUUUCUCAUUAUCUCCCCACCCCCAACAAGGGAUUCAUUAACUUUCGUUUGAUGCCUGCUAAAAAUAUUCUUGUUUAAACAAGCCUACACAGAUGCUUAGAAAGUUGAAGUAAUUUUAAUCUGUUUUUAAUAUUUUAAGUUUUGUAUGUGUUAAAGUGAGGUUGUAUUCUUUUUUCUUGAUUUUUUUUUUGUUUUAUCUUGUAAACUACUUUGAGGGGUUUUUUUUACAAUCAAGCAGUGCAUAAAUUUUAUGAAAUAAAUAAAAUAAACAGAUGAAGUCAUUGAAUUGAAUUUUUGAAUUGAAUUUACUUUAUUACGGUCACAGACCAGCAUAAGCAAAACAUCUAAAUAAAUAGCAUAACAUUGUGAGUCUAAGUGGAUAAUUGUUAAAUAAAUGGGAGCAAGAACCAAAUGUAGAUUAAAAUAUAUACAUAGAAUAUUUAAUUAAGCAUAAAUAAUGGAUGAGUAAAAUCUGAUAAUAAAAAUUAAAAAGACCAGUUAAAACAGCUAUAUGGGGUGGGGCUUCAGAAGUGUGGAUCUAACAACAUGGGCCUUUAAUUUAGGACUGAAUUGUAGCAUAGACCAUCCUUUGACAAAUAUCUAUCAUGGCAGCGCAAAAUCUGGCGAUUGAAUAUGUGACUUCUGGGCUUUCAUCCUAUAGUAAUAGGGAGAUGUUGUGUUGUUCUGAACGCCCAGGGAACUUAUAUAAGAUGGGUUGGAUAAACCUAGUUCGAAUGCCUAAUUACCUGGCAGGGGAGACACCUUGAUCAUGAUGAAGUCAUUCUGUGCAUACAUUCCUUAAAUAAAGAGUCUAUAUAUGCCUAUAGCAUGAAACUCUCAAAAGCCUUUUGGUGCUGAAUUUCUUGCUCUGUGGGCUUGCUUUUUUGGUCAAGUUUUUUAUUAUUUCAUUUUAUAAUGCAUAUAUAGCAAAGAGAACAAUUAUAACAACAGAUGAAAAUUAAAAGAUGAAAAACAAAACUAUAAAAUAGGCAUAAGUGCAGUUGUUCAUGGGUUAAAAUAACAAAGUCCAGGUAAAGACUAUCAACGUUAUCAGAUUAUCAAGUACAGUUCUAGAUUUACCAGGCUUGUCUUCAAAGAGGUUUGUCUUGGAAAUGAUGGUUCUUAUAUGCUAAAUCAUAUAAAAAGUGUAUGGAGGUUAUAGUCCUUGUUGAAAUCUCAAAUUAUGCAUGGUUUUACCCCACUAUACAUAUAUUCCAGAGGUGAGUUGUACCAAGCGUCCUGUGUAAGAUUUUGGGCUGUUUUACAUUGAGUUGCAAUUACUGUUCUUGCUGCCAAGAUCCUAUAUAAGACCAAUUCUUUUUGACAAUAUAUUUACGUUGGUUUCAUAAAAAAUAUUCAGUAACAUUAAUUUUGGACAAGAAAAAAUAGUUUCUUUAGUAAUGUUGAUCAUUUCUGUCAAAAUUAAAUUCCAGAAAUCAUGCACAGUCUAUGGGCUUUUAGUAGCUACUGCAGUGGGCUUCCGUGGUUCUCCCUGGAGCCAACUGCUUCCUGAUGUUUGAAAAAGUUUUAUGUUGACUAUGUUAAAGAUAGAUGGGAGUUGCAUGAAUCUAACUGGAAAGAAAUUGCCAGAUGCAAAUGUCCAAAUGCACUGUUUUAUAGUCACAUCUUUCAAUUCGGUGCACACUCCAGUUUUUUUUAUAUAUACUUCCAAACUUACCUUUCCUCUGCUCAGCAAGAUGCUCUAGGAAUCUGGCAUUGCCUUGAAGACUGUGUUUCCCUAUGCAGGGCAACAGCAGCAGUAGGAGAGAUGGGGAAAUGUGAAACAUGGCUAUUGGCAAAGGCAGAUGAGAGAAGAUGAGCUGGAGUGCCCUCAACCUCCAUUUAAACACUUGUUCCACUUCUGAAAUCUCAUGAUUUACUAAUCUAUUGUAACUCAAGUUCUGUAACAAGACAGUGUCAGUUUUACAAGAAAACUUUGUAGAUGUGCUAAUCAAAGUAUCAUUUUCCCUCUCCCAAAGGAUUUCCUUCCUCUUCUGAAUGUCCAUUGCUCACCAGAUAUUCAUGCAUUUCUUUGCAAAGCAUUUGUGCCUGCCUGUUUGGAUCAAUCGCGUGUGAUUCACCCAUGCCGAAGUCUCUGUGAAAGAGUGUACUCUGACUGUAAACAAGUGAUAAACACUUUUGGAAUUAAUUGGAAUGAGGAACUUGAAUGCAGCAGGUACAGUGUUUUUAAUUCUCUUUAUUUCCAAUGGAUUUUACUCUGGCCUAAGACAAAGUCCUAGUCCAUACAUUCAUGCAAUAAACUUCUCUUUGUUUGUUAAAUAUCAGCCUGUGUGCUUCCUCCACACAGAUGAUCUUCUGUAUAAACGGAUGCUCUUUGUUGCAAUCCAUUUCUGUGAUGACACCCAUCACCCCGAAUGCAUGCAGUUCUUCCAUUCCCUCCCUUUUUUUGAGGAGGAACAAUUGUGAAUUGGACUCCCCAGUAGUAUUUGUGAUGAGAAGAGUGUGCCUGCUCUUUCAAGGGGGGAGGAGCACUGCCAGGUUUAUGAGUAUGCUUGGACCAAGUGUAUAUCUGAUGAAGUGAAUAAGCAAAUUUGCUUUGCAUAUAUAUUUCAACCUAGACUGUUCAACUUUUCUGUUCUCUUCUGUACAAGCUCUUUAGUGCUUUGGAUUCUUGCUCAUCCAUAUAGGAAACAGAGGUCAUUACAGGACUAGCAUGCAUGGUAGUUGGUAAACAGCAGUUGAGGUGAAGAAGACUGAAGAAUUAGGAAAAACUCAUACCUUGAGCCCCCAUCUCCUCAAAGAUGAAGCACUUUGGAAGGAGAACUUUAUUGUUGCCUUUUCUUCUGCCAUGGUCAUAAAGCACAUAAUAUGAUAUCGCCUAUAAAGGACAACAUGUGCAUUUGGAGGCCACUUUAUUUUAAAAGCAUUUAAAAAAUCUAUGUGUUAUACAACAUAUAAAGCAAGUCAUGUCUGGGUAGCUCAGUUGGUUAAAGCAUGGUGCUGAUAAUGCCAAGGUUACAGGUCUGAUCCCCUAUGGGACAGCUGCAUAUUUACAGGAGGCUGGACUAGAUGGUUCUCAUGGUCCCUUACAUCUCUACAAUUCUAUGAUUUUAUGGCUGCAUCUCUCAGGCAAGUGUUUGGCCUCAGCUAUGCUUGCUUUGGAAAACUCUUACAAUGACUGCUCCAGUUCACUCUUCCUGGAGCUGCCUUGAAAGAUGCUUGGAAGAAUGCUGUGAGUUGCCUCUUGACUGGCAAAGGCCACAGCUAUUUUAGCAUACCUGUACUGGCUUUCUGUUAGCUUCUAGGCCCUGUACAAAGUGCUAAUGAAAACUAUUUAAAAAACCUACCUGGUCUGGGGUCUGCAUAGACAAGCAUUUCCUCUCAUAUGUACCUCCCUGCUUCCUCAGAUCUGUGGGCAUGCACUGCUUCAAAGGGCAAUUUGUCCAGGGCUUUAAUCCCUGCCAAAUUGGCAAACAGGGACUGAAUCCUACUGCCUUGGCUGCGCAAUCUUGGAGCCCCUGAUGGAGCAAGAUUGGCCUGCAAGCUGGAGGCUCCUCGCCCUUGUAAUUGAGGUUAUGUUUCCUUUAAAAAAAAAUCCGUUUUUAUUCUUUGUGAUCCCAGUCCCAGUCUAGUUUGAUAACCAAGCAUCUGAAGUAUGUGCUCUGAGCCUCUAGGCAAAUAGCACUGAGUGGUCCCUCUGCAUUUUCUCUCUUUCCUUUCUAGGUUGGAGGAUUGUGAUGAAACUGCUGCUGUCACUCCUUCUCUCACUACAAAAUCUCAUGACACUAAGAAGACUCCAGGACAGCCCAGAAGGGAUUAUGGAUUUUGGUGUCCACGUCAUCUGCAGACCUCCGGUGGCCAAGGCUACAAGUUUUUGGGAAUUGAUCAGUGUGCACCCCCCUGUCCCAACAUGUAUUUCAGUAAUCAUGAGCUAGACGUCGCCAAAAGCUUCAUUGGGAUCGUUUCAAUUUUUUGCCUUUGCGCAACUCUGUUCACAUUCCUAACGUUUUUGAUUGAUGUUAAGCGGUUCAGAUAUCCAGAGAGGCCAAUAAUAUACUAUUCUGUUUGUUACAGCAUAGUGUCUCUGGUAUACUUCCUUGGGUUUGUCCUGGGAAACAGAACUGCCUGUAAUAAGGUAGAUGAAAAACUGCAGCUUGGAGAGACAGUUGUUCUUGGUUCUCAGAACAAAGCCUGCACAAUUGUUUUUAUGGCUCUGUACUUUUUCACCAUGGCUGGAACUGUGUGGUGGGUGAUCCUCACAGUCACUUGGUUCCUAGCUGCCGGACGAAAGUGGAGCUGUGAAGCUAUUGAGCAAAAGGCAAUGUGGUUCCAUGCAAUUGCCUGGGGCAUGCCUGGCUUUCUCACCAUUAUGCUGCUUGCCAUGAACAAAGUGGAAGGUGACAACAUCAGCGGUGUUUGUUUCGUUGGCCUCUAUGACCUGGAUGCUUCCAGAUACUUUGUCCUUUUGCCUUUGUGCCUUUGUGUCUUUGUUGGAUUGUCUCUCCUCUUAGCAGGCAUCAUUUCUCUAAAUCAUGUGCGGCAAGUUAUACAGAAUGAUGGCAGGAAUCAAGAAAAGCUGAAGAAAUUCAUGAUUCGAAUCGGUGUCUUCAGUGGCUUAUACCUGGUACCUUUAGUGAUGCUCUUGGGAUGUUAUAUCUACGAGCAGGUGUACAGGAAGAUCUGGGAAACCACUUGGGUUUAUGACCAUUGUGUUAAGUUCCAUAUACCUUGCCCUUAUCAGGUAAGGGUAAAAUACUUGCACAAUUUAUACCUCAAUAAUUAAGAAUAUUGGUAUCUCUUACUGCUGCUGCACAUGUAUGCAAUGCUGGGGAUUUGACUGCAGCAACAACUGUGAUACUGCUUUGUCUAUUGUUCUUCAGUGCUACUAAAGCCUCAGAGUGGUCCUACCCUAGUGUUCAAUGUGGAAUCCAGUCUUCCUCCGAUCAGUAUUGUCCUAGAAAGUAUAUACUCUGAGUACAAAGCAAUGGAAUAAAUUUCUCUUUAGAACCCUCCUUGAAGAUGUUAGUGACUUCUAGCUAUGAUUUCCUAAGAAGAAAAUUUAAAAAGACUGUCUAAAAACAACAGCAAAACUAAUAUGCUGCUGACAAUAAUCCUUCAGAUUUUACACCCAUCUCUUUGUUGCUUAAAACAUGCUUUUCCUCCCACUAAAAUAGAUGGGAAAGUUAUCUACAUUGCAUAUUAAAGUGAGGUUUUAAGUCACUCAAAAAUGGAAAAAAAUGAAAACAGAAGUUUAUACUUGUAGAUAGCAACCUCUGAUCUAGUUAUAACUAGGGAAAUGUUAAUUCAUUUUGGCUGCUUAUGUAGUUCCCUCCAGAUGUGAACUUCCAUCAGCCCCAGGCAGCACAGCCCAAUGGUCAGGGAUUAUGGACGCUGUAGUCCCCAACAUCAAGAGGGAACACUUUGACUAUCCCAACCUAGAUGUAUACUGCAUUUAUUCCAAUAUAAGGAUUAUUUAAGCAAAAAUACUUAUAGCAGAGCAUUUCCUUUUUAGUGGUAUUACUUUAUUACUUUAUUACAUUCAGCUUGGUCCAAGCUUUUUAAAAUAACUAUUUACUCAAAAUAUUAUUUCUGGCAUCAGCUAGUUAAUGAUCCUCAAGCUAAUUAAAAUAGGCCAGGGUGGUAAUGGAGAGACCUGAAUUGGCCAAGCUAAUACAAAAUAAAAAUCUGAACACUAGGUAAGACAGACAAGUUAGCUCUUGAGUUAAAUAUCAUUGCCCUUUUUUGAGCCUGUUCUUCACAAGAGUGGAUUAAUUUUGCAGCGAACAGCAGAAAAGACACUGGUACAUACCCCCAAGGCACUCUGAAAAUCCUGCCACCUCUAAUUAACUUCAGCCCAUCAGUUCUAUCAUCUUUCCUGUGUACUCAGAUGACACAACUGUGUUACUGUACAGAGUAUCACUAAAGAAAUUGGUUAGUACUGAGCACUUUAGAAGAAUUAGCUACAUUAUUUAUGCAUUUCUCCCUUCUAUACAGCUGUGGCCACAUUUUUUGUGACUUAACUGUAUCUGUCUUCAACAUUUAAGAACACAGGAAAGUUCUAACGAAGUUUCUUCAGGCUUCUCCUAAGGGAUUUCUGGAAUUGUAGUUUUGUGAUGCUGGAGUAACUUAACUCUAACGUGUUGUGUUUUUUCUCUCAUUAAUACAUUUUUCCUCCAUUCUAGCAGGGGUUUCAAUGCAAACCCCAUCAUGAUCCUGGAGCAAGACAAACCUCCACUCCCCACCGACUACUGGGCGGGGGGAGCACACCUUGCUCCAGCAAAAGAACAGCGGGGAGCUCACUUUAAGCUUGCCAUUGUUCCUUUGAAGUCAUGCAGGCACUGGCCCCACAAAUAUGGCAGGUGUGGGUGCUUUGCCAGAAAGUGCCUAAUAGGCCGAACUGGGACCCCUGACAGGCCAAAGUUGGCUACAGACUGGAGGUUCCCUACCCUGAGGCUUAUUUCUUAUUUUUGUGUCAUUUUCUAAAUAAAUUAAAAUCACACCAUUCAGUACUGUGUCAUAGCAUCAUAUUAUCCCUGCUUACACUUGCAGCAUUUCAUUUUCUGGAGUUUCGAUGACAACAUAUUGUGAUUAAGCUAUUUUAAAUGUGUAGCAUAGGUACAGUAUUCUCAUUUGCUUAAAGUUGUUUAAGCCUGAGUGCAGCUUAGUUAACAUAAAACUGCAAACUUCUGUAUCACUAUUCAUUUUCUGCUUUGAAGUAUAGGGUCGGAAAACCAUUUUUCUAUUGUAUUUUUAAUGAAUGGUUAUUGUUUUCCAGGUCAAGAUAUUGGCAAGGCCAGAAAUAAUUUUGUUUCUGAUGAAAUACCUUAUGACUUUAAUUGUUGGCAUCUCUCCAGUUUUCUGGGUGGGAAGCAAGAAGACUUGCUCAGAAUGGGCAAGUUUCUUCAACAGGAAUCGCAAAAGAGAGUAAGACACAUUUUUUGUGGUAAUAUUUAUUUUAAAAACAACAAGAUAAAAUUAGUGGGCACUGUUAAUUGGUGUGUUUUAAAAAUGUGUGUGUGUGUGUGUGUGUGAGAGAGAGAGAGAGAGAGAGUGAGUAUUCAUCUUGGGUCGCUUCCUGACUUUGUUCAUAGGAUUGCAGGUUGUUUUUAAAAAAUCCCCACCCCCGAAAACAUGUGGUCUCUCAUCUUUGAUGUGGAACUUCCUGUUGUCAUCAUUGUUUAAGUGCCGCCUCCCUGCCUCCCUCCCUCACAUGUGAACCUGCAGGGAAUUGGAACUUAUGGGCAAUACCAUCUGCAAGGUCUAGAAGUGCCCUCGCAUGGGGUUUUUUUUAAAGCUGUAGUUAGCCAGAUGCUGAAUUUCCUCCCAAACCAAAUCUUCCUUGGUAAACUGGCCAUUUUUUCUCCUUUUCAAGAGAGACUGAGCAGUUUAAUCCUGAGCAGCAGGGGUCUGACUUGGUCAAAUUUUGUAUCUGCUUUCUCACAGCCUGUAUUAUUAGCAUGAAUGUUUUAACGCUAUGCCAUAUUUUAUAUAGUCUUUCUUGAUGCUUGGCAUUGCAUAAUUAUUUGGAGAUUGAUCUCAGGAAGAGGAGAAAUUGAGAAUAAUAUUUUCUCUAAGGUCCCACAGAGUGGUCUGUUCUUCAGUUUAAAUUCUUCUGGAGUAUAUUUUGAACAGUUUUAUGUAGGCUAUGUGUAAGUUCCCUUGGGAAUACUUUUUUCCAUUACUCUCCUUUGCAUCCUGAAUUCUUAAUAUGGCUUUUAGAUUUCUGUAUUUCUUUAAACUUCUUUAGUCAAGGUUUGCAAGCAAUUAUCUUCAACUCCUUCAGCCCACAUUCCUUUACAAUGAAGAUGUAUAUUCCUUUCCAUAUUCCUUCUUUUUCCAUUAUUGUAUAGCUAUUUCAUAUGUGUGUCUUAGCAAAGUGAUGUUCUCUACCAAAAUACAGCCCCUUAUUAUUACCCUGUUAGUUUGUCCCAGAUAGUCAGUUUUAUUUACCCACAUCCCGAGUAGUGUUACUUUAAGGUAAAUAUUGCACUUUUUUGCACUAAAAACUUCUAUUGCUUGCAUGUACAACCGUAUUAUGCAGUAAUAUGAAACCUGGAGCACCAUUUCUGGCCACUGAGCGAGUUGCUGUGAUUUGAUGAAUAUUCCAAUAGUUCAGUGCAUUAAUGGCUACAAUUUUGGCAAAUGAUACAGAUUAUGUGAGGAAAGUGAAAAGCCAGUUUCGGGCAACUUGGGAUUCUGUGGUGAGGGCAGGCAGUAAGAGUGAAGACUAAGGAGCAGAGUGGGCCAAAAGUGUAGAGCAGGGUUUCCCAAACUUGGGUCUCCAGCUGGUUUUGGACUACAAUUCCUGUCAUCCCUGACCACUGGUCCUGCUAGCUAGGGAUGAUGGGAGCAUUCUAAUCAUGAUAAUAUUGCAUGUUAAUCAUAAUCAUAUUGUUUUGAAUACUAGUUGCGAGGGAGGCUGUUGCCCUGAUGUCCCUUUUGUGAGCUCACAGGUUCUGUGAACCGCCCUGAAACCUCCGGGUAUGAGGCAGUAUAUAAAUUAAAUAAAUAAAAAUAUCUGCCUGCCUCUGUAAGUAACAUGGUGUAGAACCAGAUGGAUCUUUCAUUUGAUUCACUAGGGAAGUUAUUGAAGGGCAAAGAGAUGAAGACAUGGAUAAAGAUAAAAUACAGGUGGAGAAAACUUCCCUACAGACCUAGUGUCUGAUAAAGUUGUGUGUUUUCUUUACCAAGAGAGUGGGUGAGUAAAUAACAAUUAAGGGAGAACUAAGUUUCUUGUACUUGCAGGAUUGUGGCUCCAAUGCUACUUGCAUAGAAUAUUGAGCAUGGGCCUAUGGUGCCAACUUGGCAGUUAACUUGCUCAAUGUCCUGGAGCAAAUCAUGCACUCUCAAGUCCCUUCUUGUAAUGAAAACAUUUGAAAAAAUGCAGUAGCUCUUAAAACGACUGUAGCAUGAUCUUGUGCACUAGAUAAGAUAUUUCCACCCCUUUGUAAAGAUGGGAGUGGAGCAAUAAAUAGUUUAUAGACUUGCUCCAUAAAAAUGGAGGGGCAUCUGGCUUUGAUACCAGUACAUGUGAGAAGGACCUAGGGGUCUUAGUAGACCAGAAGAUCAACAUGAGUCAGCAGCGUGAUGCAGCAGCAAAAAAAGCUAAUGCAAUUCUAGACUGCAUCAACAGAAAGAUAGUGUCCAGAUCAAGGGAAAUAAUCGUUACCACUUUGUUCUGCCUUGGUCAGACCACAGCUUGGACUACUGUGUCCAGUUCUGGGCAUCUGGGUUUUAAGAAGCUGGAACAUGUGCAGAGGGAAGUCUACUAAGGUAAUAAAAGGUCUGGAAACCAAUCCUUAUGAGAAGUUGAGGGAGUUAGAUAUGUUUAGUCUGGAGAAAGCAGAAAUUAUAUGAUAGCCAGCUUGAAAUAUCUGUAGGGUGUCACAUGGAUAAUGGAGCAAGCUUGUUUUCUCCUGCUCCGGAGGGUAGGUAGGACCCAAACUAAUGGAUUCAAAUUACCAGAAAGGAGAUUCUGAUUAAACAUUAGGAAGACCUUUCUGACAGUAAGAGGUGUUUGACAAUAGAACAGACUACCAUAUAAGGUGGUGGGCUCUCCUUUAUUGGAGAUUUUAAAACAGAGGCUGAAUGUUCAUCUGGCAGUGAUGAAAGAAAGUAAAAAAAUGAGUUGAGAGCAGCCUGUCACAUCUUAAAAUUGGUAAUUUUGACAAUGACUUCAGCAAGAUGUUUGCACGUCUGAAUGCAAUUAGCACAUCUAAAUAGUUAUGGAGGAGGGUUGUAAUCACCAUGUAUUGUCUUCUCCCAAUCAGUCCAAUCAGUGAAAGCCGAAGAGUAUUGCAAGAGUCAUGUGAAUUUUUCUUGAAGCACAACUCUAAAGUGAAGCACAAAAAGAAGCACUACAAAUCCAGCUCUCACAAACUGAAGGUGAUUUCAAAGUCAAUGGGGACCAGUACAGCUGUCACAACCAAUCAUGGAACUUCUGCCAUGGCCAUCGCAAACCAUGAUUACUUAAGCCAAGACACGUUCACUGAGAUCAAAAGCUGUCCUGAAACAUCUGAGAGAGAGAUGGAAGCAGAUGGAACGGUCAGCCAGAAAGUGAAAGAGGAAGAGUUUGCCUGCAGCGAACAAGGUGCACCGCACAUGUUACCUAGCCCUAAAGUGGCUUUGGAACAGCUAGAAAAGAGAGGGAAGGCAGACAACACACAGGAUAUUGCCAGCUUAUCUGAAAGCAUGAAAAGAAUGGUCGAAGGAAGGUAAUUGCUUUCCCCUUAAUUUUAUGUGUUUUUUUACUAUUGCAUGCUAGUUGUUAGUACCAUCAGAAGAGAAAAAUAUUGCAUUUUACUUUAAAAUAGCAGGAAAUGGAAAAUAUAUCUUGCAAACAAAGCUUUUUAUCACAUCUGCACUGGAGUGGGCAUCUAAACCAAUCUUUAAGCAAAGGUAGCUACAUUGUCUUAGACACCACACCUCUGAACACCUGAAUAUAGAAUGCAAGGUGUAAUUGUUCAGAUACUUGGCUAGCAUUUGAGAGGAGACAAGCCAAAGUAGAAGAUAUUAGCAGUGAGACCUCUAAGCAGUUCAGGAGAAAAUCAAGGGCCCAGUUGGAUGAAUUGCUACGACAAAGACUCUGAACCAGUGUGGGAGCCUGUGCACUCCUGUUGGAUUGGAUCUGGGAGACCUGACUUAGGUUUGCACAAGGUGGCUCAGUGUCCUUACAUUUCAGUUAUGCAUCUAUAAAAAGACUCAACUCCCACAAAACAGCAUAAAUAUUGUAAAAAUUCAGUGCACACUGAUAAAUUAUGAAAACAAAUGUUAUUUUACUUUAAUGAAGCUAAAGUUCUGUUUUGGUCCAUCUUGAUACCCAGAUAUUCUAUUUUCAUUAAGCCUUUCAUAACAAUGUAGCCAAUCAUGUAGCAAAGAUAAAGGUCCCAUGCUCUUGGCGCUGAACCAGGAUCUGGAGUUUGCUGGGUUAUACUGUAAGAAUCCUGAUCAGUGUUUGAAACUCCCACUGUUCUAGGCGGGUUAUGUGACAGGGAAUUUCAUUAGUGCAAGCAGUUUCUGAGCCCUGGGCGCAGUACUGUGCCUAAGAUUUCAGAUUAAAACUGCAGAGUGGGAGGAAAGGAGGACCUUUUUCUGCCUGCCCCUUCCAGCUACUCUCUGAAAACUGGAGAAGAGACCCUCUGAAGAAUAUUAGGGAGGUGAUCAAGGGAAGGACUAGACCAUGUGAAAAAUGGACAUACAGUGGUGCCUCGCAAGACGAAAAGAAUCCGUUCCGCGAGUCUCUUAGUCUUGCGGGUUUUUUCGUCUUGCGAAGCAAGCCCAUUAGCAGUUUAACGGAUUAGUGCUACAGUAUUAGCGGCUUAGCGGGCUUAGUGGAUCAGCUGAUAAGCGGCUUAACUAUAAGCUGAUAAGCGGCUUAAGGAUCAGCUGAUAAGCGGCUUAACAAUAAGCUGAUAAGCGGCUUAACGAUCAGCUGAUAAGCGGCUUAGCAUCAGCUGUUAAGCGGCUUAGCCAUCAGCUGAUAAGCGGUUUAGCGGCUUGGGAAAAAGGGGGGGAAAGGAAAAAACCCGCAGGAACUCGCAAGACAUUUUCGUCUUGCGAAGCAAGCACAUAGGAAAUUCGUUUUGCGAAGCACCUCCAAAACGGAAAACCCUUUCGUCUAGCGGGUUUUCCGUCUUGCGAGGCAUUCGUCUUGUGGGGCACCACUGUAAUAUUUUAGCUGCAGUUCAUUCAUUUUCAGCCUUGUAUUUUGUGUAGGCACACUUUUUUAAAAACAUUCCAUUGUUACUCCCAUAACCUAGGUUUAAGGUACCAUUUAGCUCCUAGCUUUCAUAUCUCAAUUUCUAACACUGAUCCUGAUGCCUGAUUCAAAGACAAAUGUAGCCCAUGUUGUUAGUUCUGAGUGAUAGCAGCUUUUCUACUAAAGGCUUUUUCCAUCCCUGCUACCCAAAAACUUUAGUUGAAAACUGCAUGUCUAAUAAUCAAUUCCUGUCAAGUACGUGACCGAUUUUUUUAAACUUGAGUGUUUGUUUUGUUUGCAGCAGGGAUGGGGAAUCUGUGGCCCUUCAGAUGUUGCUGGGCUCGAUCUCCUAUCAGCCCCACCCAACAUGUCCAAUGGUUAGGGAUGAUGGGAGUUUUAGUACACCACCAACAACUAGAAGCCAUAGAUUCCCCAUCCCUGAUUUACAGCAAUUAUAUAGGCCGCCUAGUAACAUCAUUCUCUGAGUAGUUCAUAGGACCUUGUGUUUUUAAAAAGAUGUUAUCAUCUGUUUCAAUGUAGAAUGCAUUUUCUUUCUUUCUUUUGUAUGCAUAUAACAGGACAACUCCUAGAAGUGAUCUAAUUGAAUCCCUUCCCCUCCAAGUUGGUCAUCCGCACCUUGAUGUUUCCCAGCCAGGCAGUCCCAAGGGGUCAGUCUUGUUUGCCCAUUCCUCUUCAGAUUCAAGGAAAGCUCAGGAGUCUGGUCACAGUUCCAACACUUAAAAAGGCGAAAUUGCUACGUGAGUCAUUUCAGCUCAUGGAUGGAAUCUGUGUUACACUGGAAAUGACUGUUGCGCUCUGCUUUGCAGGGAGGUGCCACAAUAUCCUCCUUGGUUGCACUUCAGGUAAAACUAAAAUUGCAUUGUGAGGGGCCUAGCAACAGCUUGCUCUUCAAACUUUGGACAUGUUCUAGCUAGCAGUAAGUUUGAUGUGAAAAAGAUGAUUAAUAAGUAAGUACUGCUUUUUAUAACCUUUAUGUCAAACUGCAUUGCAGUAGCAGAGAUGGGAGGUAUCUUGAGCUGUGUUAUAAAACUACCACCUCCUUCUAGCAGUGCUAUUUACUGUAUCAUAAAUAGGUGGGUCACACAGGGGCAGGGGAAAGCUGAUGCAACAUGUGAGAAUAGCAGCACGGUCCCAUUCUUGGAGAAUCGGCUUAAGCUGCAAAGUACAAGCAGAGACUUGAGCACUUGUGGCUGAAGUGUCUGCCUUUGCUGCUCUUAUCAGACAGCUCUGACCUGCAGGCUAGAGAAACCCUUAGCCUAGGUUCUCCAGUAUGGUGCCAGUGGACACUACAUCUCCCACAGAAGCCCCCCUUGGAACUUACCAAGGUAUCUCCCUAUUUUGGUUGAAUUUGGGGUUGAAUUUUUCAUUUGUCUUAUUUUUUGGGGGGAGGGGUUCUUUUGUGAAAUGGGGAUUUCUCAAAUGCCCCUUUCUUAUUAUCACAUCUGGCAAGUACACAUGUACAUCCACUUCUGAUUUCUGUGGUCCAACAGCCCAUGGGAUGCUGCUGAGAAACGUAGUAGGGACCCUGCUUUUGCGUCUGCCCAAGCUGUGCAACUGUCUUUAUGAAUUACAACUGUAUUGUAAGAAUACUGGGUGGUCACUGGUGCAGAUGCUUCUGUGCAGGUAUUUGUAUUGGGUCUAGUAGACCAGCUAUUUUUGUAAAAAAAAAAUAAAUCUUAGGUGCAAUGGCUCAUAAUUUUUGGGCCAGUUGUAAUAUUUUAUGUUAUGGUCUAAACACUGAAAUGGAAAGGGACUCUUGAAUCAAAACCAGUUUUGAAAGUAGCUACUUUUAUACAAGUAUAGCACAGAUCAAUUGUUUCUCUUACAUGACAGGAUGCUUUGUUAUAUACCUGUCUCCUACCCUUCAUUAUUAUUGUUAUUAUGCUCAAGUAAGGUAAGGUGGGGAGUGGUGAAGCCAACCGCUGUUUAGAUAUAACGCAAUAACCUGGGAAUUUACUUAACCUCAAUAUUUCUACUCAGGGUGGUACCUUUCAAAUCUGAGGCUUGAGCACAAUCUAAUAGUAGCUUAUAUUUUAUAAAGUGAGAUUCUGCAUAAAUUGGGCAUUGAACCCCAUUCCCUUCCCUUUCUUUUCCCUUAUCAGAAUAGAUCCUUGAGAGAACAUAUAGACCACAGUACCUAUGAAGCUCAUUUCCUAGCCUUUUGUAGUUUUGAAGAUCUAAGCUGUAACCUUCUAUAAAUAUAUUUUAAUUUUUUCUAUUAGCUUGGAAAAUGGGAGAACUGUGUGUUACUUUGCUAGAAGUCAUUCAGUCCUGAUCUUUGCAUUUUAAACAUCAGUUUUUGUGAUUUCUGAGUCCAUUUUUUGAUCAUUUUUUGAUAAAUCAGCUUUGAAGCAUCAACUGAUUAAAACAAGCACUUUCUACUAUUCUAGUCUACAGGUAGAAUUACAAAAACCAAAUCUGUCUGGUUCUACCUGAUAUAGUUUCAGCUUUCUCCAUAAUAUAGCACUUAUUCCAGAGCUGUAAAACAGCCCCUGGGCUGCUCAGAUAUUCUGGGUCAAGGCAGUAAAGACCAUUCAGACAACUUUCAUGGCUUCCAACCCUGGUGCUUUUAGCUUAUACCCACUAGGCCUUGGGAUUUCUGCACCGUGUCCCUACCUGGCAAUGAUAUAAAAAACAUCAAGUAGUCCUACAGCAAAGCUUGCUUUCACUUUUUUAGGAAGAAACUGGUAGGAUAUCCUGUAGAAGACUGGAAAUAGCAAGCUUGUCUCUUUAAAUUCAGUUGAAUUGCAGCAGUUGGGGUUUGCUGCUUGUCUAGAAAGGUGCAUAUCAAGGACCCGGAUCCUGCGAUCAACAUUUGAGGACUUUCUUUGUGUGCCCCUUCCACGAGAGGUGCAGAGGGUGGCAACACAAGAACAGACCUUUUCUACUGUAGUUCCCUGUUUAUGGAAUGCUCACCCCAGGGCACCUUCAUUGCAUCUCUUUAGGCACCAGGUGAAAUGUUUUUCUAUAGCCAGGCCUUGGGCUGAUUAACAUGCAAUGGAUGGCCUUUUAAAUAUGUUUGUGAAAGGGGGUGGUUAUUGGUAUGUUUUUGUUACAUAUUUUGUGUUCUCAUUUGUAUUUUUAUGUUGUGAACCACCCUGUGAUCUUUGAAUGAAGGGUGGUAUACAAAUUCAAUAAAUAAAUAUACUGAGUGUAUGUUUGUGCAGCUCUGAAGCACAAGGGCAGGACAUUUAUCAAGGAAAGGGUGUGAUUAUGCUUAGCAGGGCUUGGGUAAACUGUCCUGGGUAUUUCCCCUUUGAUGCUGAAGUCACUUGCAGUUUCACUGGAUCAUAUUUCCUCUGCAUUCAAUUUAACUGACCGCAGGCUCCAGUAUCUCCAAUCCUGCUGUGGCUCAGGAAUGUUGUAUUCUUUCCAAUCCCCUUCCCUUUUGACUGGAUGGCCCUAGUAACUAAGGUAUUGCGGCACUGAGUUAGGUUGCGUGCAUAGCAAGCAUGCUAAAGAAGGCAAACAAUUUGGAUGUUAUAGCAGUACUCUUGCCCUUUGCCGCUUCUCAUAAAAGAGCAGAAGGAAGCACAGCCAAGUCUCUCUUCAUCUUUCUUUACAAUAUGUUCCUUUUGAAGGUAGAGUAGGGCAGUUGUGCUUCCUUGCUAAAAGGCUGCAGAAGAUGCCCCUAUACUUUAUAAUGAUAUUUCCUGGAUUGUACACAGGGUGGUGUCUCCUUAUGCCAAGCACAGCAUAAUGUGGUAGAGCCCUACAUCUUUUCCAAGUCAGUUGUAAUGAUAAAAAAUGAGUCAAAAGCCUGGCCCACAAUGAUAUACACUGUGCAGUUUACAAUAGUUACAUAAUGUGACUUUGAAAACUGCAUUUUGAAGACUAAUCUGCUGUGGGUCUAGUGAAAGCUAAUGUUUUGUGAUGCAUUAAUUCUGGGUAGCAAAAUAAAUUAAGUUGUUUGUGUGCAGCCAUCUUGGGAUAAUAGUCCUCACCUGUUGUCAGGAGUCAGUGAUUACAGUUACCCCUGUUGCCACAGCAGCCAUAAAUUUAAUGCUUCUGAGUAGCCUGCACCAAUAAGCCACUGUAAUAUUUUGCUCCUUAAACAAAAAGUAUCUGUUUCUCCUCUUCAGCCACUGCUGAUGAGUUGCUAAACCUGCCUUGCUAAACCCGCCAUGCCUUCUCCCAGCCUCUGACUUAACUGGAGGUAGCUGGUCCAUCUUAGUCAUUUUCCUUGUGUGCUCAGGUUCUGUAGCUGGAUCAGGCUAAAGGCCCAUCUAGUCUAGCAUCCUGAUCUCACAAUGGCCAACCACAUGCCUGUGGGAAGCCCCAACUUCUUCACUAGUACUCUCUCUGCACUUGUCAUUCCUGGCAAGUGGUAUUCAGAGGUGCAGUGCCUCCAACAUUUUCUCCAUGAAUUCGUCUAAUCCUCUUUUAAAGAAGGUGGCCUUCUCUACAUCUUGCUUCCACAGCACCUGCUCGUUUAUUUUAACUGCACAUUCCUCAGUUCCAAACGAAAAGCUGCCUUGAUGUUGUUGAAUUUAAAAUUCCAAAUAGAACAAGUGUUGAAUUUCUAAAUAGAACAAGUGUUGGAUAAUGCCAGAGGAGGAAGAAGCCUUUCAAUCUGUCCUGUAAGCACCCCUUUCAUUCUGAAUUGUAAGUGUGAGGAAUAUACAUUACAUUUGGCUCAGUGGAAAGAGCAAAGCACUGUGCCUUUGUUCAGAUGCACUUUUUACCAUUCCUGCUGGCUUAUAGAAAUUAUUGUUGGCUACUCAGCCCAACUGCAUUUUACGCUCUUAGGUAAGUAGUGCUAACAGAGAGGAGGGUGAUUAUAACUGAGCUCUUAUCUAUGACACUAACAUUCACUUGUUUUUAUAGCUCUUCAUCUUUGUAAGUGGUUUUUGUUUUUUUAAAGAAAGCACUCCCAGUUUCUUUGUUUUUCAACAUUCCACUUUGUGCAACAUCAUUUGGUUGUCUUGGACACCAAGUAAAACUAUAUUAUAGAAAAGAAAGGUAAACGGCAACUGAAUAAGGAAGAUAGUUCUGAUGGAUCAAAUUGUUUUCUGUUAUAACAAUGUAUUGAAUUUUGAAUGUAUUAUGUUCUCUGCAUUUUAUAACUUUGUAACUUAUUGCCUUUAACAAAGACUAUUGGUGGUUUAACUGGAUAUUUCCUUAUUUUCAGAACAUACUAUUCUUCCAAUAACUAGAGAGACUUUCAAAGUUGUAAAUAUUAUCUGUGGAAAAACAAUUUUUCUCUUAUUGGCACAUCUGAUUUUUUAAAAAAAUGUCUGCAAUUUGGCAUAUGUAUUUUUACUAUUGGUCAAUAAAGUUUUCUAUACUGU